GUGAGUGUCUGUGAUUGUGUGCGUGUGUGUACAACAAGAAUAAUAACAGCAACAACAACUGUGCAAGGAUCGCCGUCAGGGUAGUUUGUUUGAACAAAGCCCAAAGUUGUGUGGAGGAGACGGGUGGAGAGAGCGAGACGCGUGUGUCCUCUCUUCUAUACUCUUUUGUGCGCUUUUGCCGCCUGGAAUGCGCUGCAGCCCAACUAAACAAAAACAACUGCAGCAACAACAAUAACUAACACACACACACAUACACGCACUCUAAAACCGGGUGCCGGCUGAAAGGGGAGGAAACGCUGCUUAAUUGUUUGCAGGAUUCUUUUGAAGCACCGCUGUGCUGCAACUGCAGCUGGAAGCUGACUACGAAUAAACUCAAGACCCGUGCUGCCAAAACUCUGGCUGAGGCUCAACCGAAUAAAAUGUCGAUAAAACGUAAAAAUCUGAAGUUAAUUUUCUUUGAACAGUGACGAAACAGAGCAAUUUCGAAAAACAAAACGAAAACAAAGUGAAAAGUCAAGCCGAAGCUAACGAAAACGAAUAUACUAUCGAUUUGCAUUCACAUAUGUAUAUGUAUAUAUAAAUAUAUAUACAUAUUUAGUUAGAAGAAACAGAAAACGAAAAUGGAUCUUAGUCUCGAACGCGAUAGCUCGGCGCUGGGCAGCUUGUUUCAACAGAUUAUCAAUGACAUGAAGAACACAUCUCCAUUAUGGGAGGACUUUGUGGCCAAGGCUAGCAAGCUACACACAUGCCUGCGCGCUGCGAUUCAGGCAAUUGCCGCCUAUUUGGAUGCCUUCCAAAAGAUCGCCGAUGCUGCAACCAAUUCCAGAGGUGCAUCCAAGGAGAUUGGCACCGCCUUGACGCGCGUUUGCCUGCGCCACAAGGCAGUCGAAACGCGCUUGAAGACCUUUACGAGCGCCAUUAUGGAUUGCCUAGUGCAGCCAUUGCAGGAUAAGAUCGAGGAUUGGAAACGUACCGUGGCCACCAUCGAUAAGGAUCAUGCCAAAGAGUAUAAGCGCUGUCGCAGCGAGCUAAAGAAGCGUUCCAGCGACACGCUGCGCUUGCAGAAGAAAGCGCGCAAGGGGCAGACGGAUAACAGUUUGCAAUCCUUGAUGGAUUCUCAUAUGCAGGAUGUUACACUGCGUCGCGCCGAGCUGGAGGAGGUGGAAAAGAAGUCCUUGCGUGCGGCCAUGGUUGAGGAGCGUUUGCGUUUCUGUAGCUUUGUGCGCAUGCUGCAGCCGGUGGUGCAUGAGGAAUGCGAAGUAAUGUCCGAGCUGGGACAUCUUCAGGAGGCCAUGGAGUCCAUUGCUUUGGUCACCAAGGAGCCGAGCGUGCUGCCCCAAGCAUCGGAGGAACUUAUACAUGAUGCCAAGGCUAGCAUUAAUUUGUAUCCCGAAUCGCCAGGUGGUGGCUCUGGCUCUCAGGGCGGCGGUUGCUCGAAUUCUUUAGGCUCGCGCAAGAGCUCCGUUUGCUCUAUUAGCAGCAUGAACAGCAGCGGCUCCAGCAACUCGCCGGGUCAUCAUCACUAUCAGCGUUCGCUGUCGCAGUUUGUAACGCCCGCAAUUCGCUUGAAACCUGGUGAAUCCAGUGAUAGUGGCUUUUGCUCAUCGCCCGCGCUAACAACACAGGCUUCGACUGCAACUAAUCAAACACAUGCUGUUUCCACUUGGCCGCCACAUUCCCAGGAUGUUGUUGACACUCUUCCACCGACUGCCGAUCGUCCGCAUACGAUUUCCACCACUUACGAAAAGGGACAUCAGCGUCCGCCUCUAACUGUAUACACGUUCCAAAAUCCAGAGACCAUUCACGAGUCAAGCAGCAGUGGCAGUCUUAUAACAGCAGCUGCUCCACCGCCUGGAGCUGGAGCAGUUCCUGCUGGAGGAGCUAAUCAAAGCAAUUCGGGCGGUCAAACGACGCCCGCUCCACAAAAGUCGCCAGCUGCUUCGCUAAGUCGUCCGCCGUUGCCAGUUAAGCCGGCACAUGUGCGCUGCUCCUCGUUGGAACGUCCACUGUCCGCGCAGAGCAAUCAUCGACAGAAUAGUGGACAAAACUUGCUGCAGCGCCAGUGCCCCUCACCGAUUCCGGCUCAUAUCACGAAAGAGCUGUCCGCCGCACAUCAUGCACAGCAGCAACAACAGCAGCAGCAACAGCAAACACAGCAGCAGCAACAGCAACAGCAGACCACGCCCACCUAUGUUAACAUGUCUGAGCUGGCAGCUAUGAAACUAACCAAUCAGCAACAACAACAGCAACAGCAGCAAUCACAACAGCAACAACAGCAAUCAGCAACACCUUUGCUACAGCAACAGAGCAGCAUCGAUUCAAUAAGUUCACAGCACUCUAAUGACUCGUCGACCAGCUCACUGCAGCAGCAACUGUUGCACCAUCAACAGCAGCAACAGCAGCAGCUAGCACACAUGAAUCAUCAUCAGCAACGCGGCACACGCUCCCAUUCCAUAUCGUCGUCGGUGUCCUCGAAUACGGCCUCAUCGCUGCACUCGCAUCCAUCGAUCGAUUCGGCUGUUGUUGGUGCUGCUGCUGCCGCUGCCAGCAACACAACGCCAUCGAGCGGCUGUUCGACGCCACAGAAUCACUAUUCACCAUUGUUAACCAACUCACCUACGUCCACCGCUGCAGGUACUCCAAGCAAUGGCAGCAUUGCCAGCGGCCUGGGCUUUGUCUAUCAGAUCAGUUCACCAACGCCGCCCGCCAGCGCCGCCACCGAAGUGCUGAAGAUAACGGAAGCAUCGUCGUCAACCACGCCAGACACCGAUGAACGUUCGCGUGCCUCGGUGCUGCAGAAAGCAUCGAUGUUUGAGAAGCAAGCAGCAGCAGCUGCUGCCCCACCAGCUCCUGUUCCAGCAGCAACAGCUGUGCCAGCGACCACAGGACGACGUGCCGAGGAGCUGCGCGCCGUGGAGCAACAUGAAAUGGGAGGAGGAGGAGGCGCAGCAGGAGGAUUAGGAGCGGCAGUGGUUGGCUCUACACGCAUUGCACGUCGUUCUUCCAUUAAUCAGGCCAAGCCACCGCCGCCAGUGCGACGCAGUUCCUCAGUGACGCCCAGCGCUAAUAACGGGCAACAGCCCCAGCAGCAAUUGUCGCUGCAGCACAGUAACAGCAACAUUAGCUGCUCCAGCGAGCAUUUGCCACCGCCGCCCGCGUUUAUGCUUGAGGCUACAGCGGCGAUGCCCAGCUCGGCGCUCAAAGUGUCGGAGACGGUGCGUGCUUUGGCUGCUAUGCGGCAUCAGCCUGCCUCGCCCGUUGCGCUGCGGCGCAUGCAACAGCAACAGCAGCAGCAGCAACAACAACAACAUUCUCUACAGCAGCAGUCAUAUCGCACCACAUCGCCCUGUGCUGCCGGCGCUGGCAGCAGCAUCUAUGCACAGCCAAAAAUUGUGAGCAACAUGUCCAGCUUCCGCAGCAGCAGCCCCAGUCCGAAUGGCCACGCCCAUUCGCUGCCACCGACACAACCGAAGGCCAAUCCGAAUCUAAUUGCACAGCUAAAUGCACGACUCAACAGCAAGCAGCAGCAACACCAACAGCAACAACAGCAGCAGCAGCAGCAGCAGCAGCAACAUGUUGCUGAGGGCAUUUAUGGCAAUACAAUUGGCAACGAAUCCAUUUACAUGCGCAGCGGUUUGUCCAUGCAACAGCAACAGCAGCAACAAUAUGACGCAGCUGCGCAAACAGCAAACAUGCGACAACAGCAGCAGCAGCAACAUCUGCAACAGCAGCAGCAACAGCAACACUAUACUUGCCCGCCACCGCUUGAGGAUCCCCCACCGCCGCCCAUUUACUCAGCAACAAUGCCUAAGAAAAUGGCACGCGGCAAUGUUGCACAUAGCAACAACAGCAACACUAACAGUGGCAGCAACAUGUCCAAUCAUGUGAUGACCGCAACGCUGCCCAAAAACAUAUUGCAACAGCAACGUUUACAACAGCAACAGCAACGUUUGCAACAGCAACAACAACAAUAUCAACAGCCUUCGGGCCCUGGCAUGGGUAUGGGCAAUGGUCAUGCUAAUCAACGUGCAGCCAUGCCGUUGCCACAGCAACAACAACAGCAGCAGCAGCAACAAUUGCAACAGCAACAACGACAGCCACCUUUGCCAUCGCGUCAUUCCAGCGUGCAGCAAAAGAUAUUUGUAUCAACGAAUCCAUUUAUACAGACCACAGCUGUCAAGCUACACUCGACACCGCCCGCUGCCUCGCCCACUUGUGGCUCACCUGUAGCGCUCGCCAGCAUUUAUGGCACCACAGCGCGUGGCGGCAGCAGCAGCAGCGCACAGCAGCAACAGCAGCAAUAUUAUCGCGAUGUUGCUGGCGGCAAUAGCAAUGGAGGCGCUGUUUACUAUGCGGCUCACAACAAUAGCCACGCCCAUUCGCACGCCCACGUGCCACAUCAUUCAAACUAUGCCGCUAGCACCAAUAUCGAAAAGACUGGCAGCAUUCGUGCCAAGACCAAGGCUGAAUUUCUUGAGAAUCUCAAUGCCAAGCUGGCCAAACAGGGAAUGUCUGGACGUGCAUUUGCAGUGCGAAAUCUAAUCAACAGCAAGGCCCUGCCGGAUCCUCGCAUUUGUCAUGAGUCGCUGAUGGAUCAAAUAAAACGUGGAGCGACCUUGAAACGCAAUCAAAAGAUCAACGAUCGAAGUGCGCCCAAAAUACAUUAAUUUAAUUAAAAUAAAUAAUAAUAUAGCAUGGAAAAAUAACUAUUGAGGCCUGCUCGACUGCAGAGUUUUAUGGCGAGUUUAGUUUGAAACUAAGAAAAGCUCACAUUAAAUAUAAAAUAUAUAACUAAACACACACUCACACACAUACAUACAUUUAUGAUUACAUA